AUGGGCGGGGCUCUCAAAGUGCCGCCGUCUGGUCGUGGCCACCGCACUGCGGCCACCCGAGGCUACCAGCUGAUGGGCCCAUCACACCAGGAGUCACCACAUCAGGGGCCCAUCACACCAGCAGCUCACCACAUCAGGGGCCCAUCAAACCAGGUCACCACACAGGGCCUAUCACACCAGCAGCUCAUCACAUCAGGGCCCAUCAGGAGGUCACCACAUCAGGGGCCCAUCACAGGAGGUCACACAUCAGGGGCCCAUCACACAGGUCACCACAUCAGGGUCCAUCACACCAGGAGCUCACCACAUCAGGUGGUCCAUCACACCAGGAGGUCACCACAGCAGGGACCAUCACACAAGGUCACCACAGCAGGGCCCAUCACCCAGGAGCUCACCACAUUAGGGCCCAUCACACCAGGUGCUUACCACAUUAGCAGCCCGUCACACCAGGAGCUCACCACAUCAGGGGCCAUCACCAGGCGCUCACCACAUCAGCCUCAUCACACCAGGAGCUCAUCACACCAGGAGCUCACUCACCACCAGGUGCUCAUCACACCAGGAGCUCACCACAUCAGGGGCCCAUCACAUCAGCGGCCCAUCACACCAGGUGCUCACCACAUCAGGGGCCGAUCACACCAGGAGGUCACCAAGUCAGAGUCCAUCACACCAGGAGCUCACCACAUCAGGGGCCCAUCACACCAGGAGGUCACCACAUCAGGGGCCCAUCACACCAGGAGCUCACCACAUCAGGGGCCCAUUACAGCUCAGGCCCAUCACAUCAGGGGCCCAUCACACCAGGAGCUCACCACACCAGGUGCUCAUCACACCAGGAGCUCACUCACAUCAGCCCAUCACAUCAGGGGCCCAUCACACCAGGAGCCACCACACCAGGUGCGCAUCACACCAGGAGCCUCACCACAUCAGGGGCCCAUCACAUCAGCCCAUCACACCAGGUGCUCACCACAUCAGGGGCCGAUCACACCAGGAGCUCACUACACCAGGGGCCCAUCACACCAGGAGGUCACCAUCAGGGGCCCAUCACAUCAGGGCCCAUCACACGAGGAGCUCACCACACCACGUGCUCAUCACACCAGGAGCUCACCACAUCAUGGGCCCAUCAUACCAGGAGCUCACCACCAUCAGGGGUCACCACAUCAGGGGCCCAUCGCACAAGUAGGUCACCACAGCAGGGCCCAUCACACCAGGUGCUCACCACAUCGGGGGCCCAUCUAA